UGCCGGGAAGCCCAGUGUUGGAUUUGGCAAGGAAAAUAGCAGACUGCGACGAGUUGAGCCUCUGAUGCAAGGUGAAAAUUUCAGUGCCCCACGAACGUCGUGUGUGCCGAAUUUAGAAGCAGCGUAGUAGAGCUGAGAAGCGGACGGUCAGCACCGGAACAUAGAGGCCGGUUAGGGACUGACGUGGAAAACACCCCCGAUAACCGUGCAAUCGGGCGCCCACAGGUUCCUUGAAUUUUAUCAGAAUAUUUCCAGGCGGAGGGCCAUGCACGACACACCCGUUCGAGGUCCCGGUCCACGAGUCCGUCCAGCUUGCACCGCUGGGCCAAACGACACCGCGAUAUGUCCACGUUACGCGAUCAGGAGAGAGAGCAAGCUCAACCCGGCAGCAAGACACAAGACGGACAGAAAACAAAGUAUUCUCCGCUGGCCGAUCGGCACAUCGUGGGAUCGGCGACGGGGUUUACAUUGCCUGCGACGCGACCGGGCCCGACCUGUGCGCUGGAGAGCGAGACGAGGGACAGAGCAGCCAGGAGGGACAGGAAAAUCAUGGUCGGUGGAUGGACCGCUCGGGCGGAGCACCGGGAUUUUUUGACUUGUUGCCAGGUCAUUGCUAGGACACAACCGACAAUUUGUGUAGAUACUAGACGAGCUUCUCCGGCCGAGACCCGUAGGCGGGAACAGACUUGAAUAGAGCACAUGCGCUCUGUGACAUGAUGUGACAAGACGCGUUCCGUGACGCAUCACGUUGCCAUUGUUUGUGGAGGGGCCUGCAGCAUACUCUCAGUCCCUUCUGUAUUGAGUGACCCCUGACUUCCUGAGCUGAGGCCAAACACGACAGUUCCAGCUCGGUAUACUACAAUAUGUUAUCGGCCCUGACUGAGGGCGGCCGCGUGAUUUUCCCAUUUAGUACUUCCGAUUCCGAGGGACUCAUCGCCGGACUCGAAGAUGAUGAAAGCCAUCCGAUUCUAUCCGCCGGCGUUCGACAUCCGAGUCGAGUCGGUUCCCGUCCCGCGAAUCCAGCAUCCCGAUGAUGCGAUUGUGAAAGUCGCGUUGGCAGGGCUAUGCGGCAGCGAUUUGCACAUCUACAGAGGGCACGGCGGGGUAACUCAAGUCCAUACAUGUGGUCAUGAGUUCGUCGGGGAGGUGGUCGAGCUCGGGUCGAGCUUUGAGCAGGCUGUCGACGGUCGUCCUGCGCUCUACGCCAAACUCAAAAUCGGCGAUAAGGUCGUAUCACCGUUUACUAGCAAUUGCGGCGAAUGCUCUGUUUGCCGCUUGGGUUACACCUGUCGAUGCCCCUCUGGAUUUCUCUUUGGCAGCCCGUCCUUGGAUGGCGGCCAAGCACAAUAUGUCAGGGUUCCAUACGCCGGAGGCACUUUGUUCAAUUUGAGCGACCCAUCCACUUGGUCCUCUUCGAUGCCCGCGGCGGCCAAAGAGCAGGCCCUCUCGGCAAUCACCGACAGCUCCCUUCUUCUGCUGGCUGAUAUCCUUCCGACGGGAGUAUUCGCAGCUCUGCAAGCGCUGAAUCACCCCAAAGUCCUGCCAGCGAUCACGGGGAAACCCUGGCCGUCGAUGAUUGCGGCGGAUUCAGAUGCAGUCGCGACCAUGAAACCGGAGGACCAGAUCCUUACUUUCGCGAUUAUCGGGCUCGGACCCGUGGGAUUGUGCGCCAGCGUCAGCCUCAUAGACAUGCUCGAGACCCAGCGGCUCCAAUACCAAAUCAUCGCUGUCGACCCGGUCGAGAGCCGCCGCGACAAAGCACAGACUAUCUACGACAAGAUCAAAUCAUCUGGAUCCGCGUCUGGGAAAUUCGCCGCCCUGAGCAUCGAGGAAGCCCGAGAGACAGUGAAAACCUGGACAGCGGGCACCGGGUGCACUGCUGUCCUCGAGGUUGUGGGCAACAACAGUGCGCUCUCGUUGGCAUACGAUCUUGUCCGCGCCUUUGGUGUCAUCACUUCCGUCGGCGUGCAUGGAUCGCCUGCGGUGCCCUUUGUUGGAUCGCAGUUGUACAACAAGAACGUGUCCUUCGACUUUGGACGUUGUCCCGCUCGGGCCAUGUUCCCCAUGGCCUUCGACCUCUUGGUCAAACGUCAGGACAUCUUCGGCAGCGUCGGCGACUCAGCGAGCCUUGUCGAGAAAGUCGUUUCAGCGGAUGAGGCUGUUGAGUAUUAUGCUGCCUUCAACGACUCGAAGAUUGGCAAAGUAUUGUUCGAUAUGCAAGUAUGAAAUAACUGUGUAGGCACCGAAUUUACCGCUUGAAAGUAUGGGACAUAUUGCCACUUUUCACGUCUCUGUGCGCUUUCGGUGGCGCAGGGAAAUCUCCAUACAUCGGUUUAUCUGUCCCCCGUUCAAAAACGCCCAGCCGAAACACAGAUCGACUCACCUUUCCCUCGCUUGUCGCCUUUCUUCUUCUUUUUGACCCUCAUAUCCUGGUCAUUCGGCACAUCGUCCAGGAUAUUGGGCACCGCAGAAAAGUCGAAUUCUUCCUGCGGAUCUGUCUUCUCUACAGCGUCCUGUUGCCCACCCGUCUCAGUCUUGGUGCGCUUCCGCUUCUUUUGACGAGCCUGCCCGACAACGACGAUCGACUCGUCGACGACGGGUCGGAUCGCCCGUUGUGCCGGAGGAACGUAAGGCAUCUCGACCUGCAUGCCCAAUGCAGGGUCGGCAACUGGCUCCGGAUC